AUAAAACUUAUAAAAAAAAAAAAAAAAGAGAAGGUCAGAUUGCUACUUUCUGAACGAAGAAACAAAAAGAAAAAGAAAGAAUUAAGGCAAAAUCUGGGAUUGUUGAAUCUGCAAUCGAAGAUCCCUCCUUCCUUUUUUCUGACAACCCCAACAAAGGAAGAAGAAUCACUUUCAUCUUCUCCUCAAAACAGUCGGAUUGCUCUUCGUCUUCGACUUGUCUCUCUCUCUCUCUCACAUAAUUAAGGUAACGUGAUUGAAUCUUCCUCCUCUUCUUCUUCUCCUUCUUCUUAAGAAUUUAAGACUUCAAAACUCAGAGCCGCCGCCUUUCAUUAGUAUCGUGAAUAUUCAGCCCUUUAUAAUUGCCCUCUGCCCUCCCUCCCCUUAAGCUUUUUCUUUAAGGAAACCACAAGAAAGUUUCAAUUUUUUUCUUCUAUAGCCAGCGAUAGGUAAGAGGUCGUCUUUGAUCCUUGUUUAUUUAUUUGAAAACCAAAAAAAAAGAAAAGCAAAAGUGUUUGAUGGGAGGAGGGAAUUCGAAAGAAGAGUCACCAUCACCAUCUUCAUCAUCAUGGGCUGCUCAUCAAAGUUACACUCAAUCUGGCGCUGGUAGCUACAACUAUCCUCCUCCACCCACUUAUAAUUCUCCCGCUCCUGCUCCUUCUCCUGCCCCUGCUCCCAGUUUUGGCCAUCAUUUUCAGCAGCCUUAUACAUAUAGUCAAGAGGGGUAUCCAUCACAGCCUUAUAAUAAUCCUCCUCCUCCUCCGCAGAGUGCUGACAGGAAGAAAUUUGAUCGGAGGUAUUCCAAAAUAUCCGAUAAUUACUCUUCUUUAGCUCAGGUGUCUGAGGCUCUAGGGCGUGCAGGUCUUGAAUCUUCUAAUCUAAUCGUUGGUAUUGAUUUUACCAAGAGCAAUGAAUGGACAGGGGCUAAAUCUUUCAAUAAGAAAAACUUGCAUCACUUAAGCAAUACCCCCAAUCCAUACGAACAAGCCAUCACUAUCGUUGGCAGAACCUUAGCCGCCUUUGACGAGGAUAACUUAAUUCCUUGUUAUGGUUUUGGAGACGCAUCAACUCAUGAUCAAGACGUCUUUAGUUUCUAUCCAGAGGGUAGAUUCUGUAAUGGAUUUGAGGAAGUAUUGGCUCGGUAUAGAGAAAUCGUGCCUCAGCUUAAGCUCGCAGGACCAACCUCUUUUGCCCCGAUCAUUGAAAUGGCAAUGACAGUGGUUGAGCAAAGUAGUGGCCAAUAUCAUGUGUUGGUGAUUAUAGCUGAUGGCCAGGUUACAAGAAGUGUCGAUACUGAACACGGGAAGCUAAGUCCGCAAGAACAGAAGACAGUUGACGCAAUUGUGAAAGCAAGUACGCUUCCUUUGUCAAUAGUCUUAGUCGGGGUCGGGGACGGACCAUGGGACAUGAUGCAGGAAUUUGAUGACAACAUACCUGCCCGAGCCUUUGAUAACUUUCAAUUUGUGAACUUCACAGAGAUCAUGUCAAAGAACAAAGAGCAGUCUCGGAAGGAGACAGAAUUUGCGCUCUCUGCUCUCAUGGAGAUACCUCCACAGUACAAAGCUACCAUAGAGCUUAACCUUUUAGGGGCAAGAAAUGGGAGUAUCCCAGAGAGAAUCCCACUUCCGCCACCGGUGCAGAGUGGAUCAUCAUUCUACAAUUCCCGGAUAGCGAGUUUUGAACCGAGUGUACCUACUUAUCCAAUUAACACUGGUGCAGACGAUAGCCAGCUAUGUCCGAUAUGUCUGAGCAACCCGAAAAACAUGGCGUUUGGUUGUGGGCAUCAGACUUGUUGUGAAUGCGGACCAGAUCUUAAAGUGUGUCCGAUUUGUCGUGCGCCGAUCCAGACCAGAAUUAAGCUCUACUAACAACAAGACACCAUUAUACCAUAGACAGUCCAGACCCAUUUCUCUCCCAGAGACUUGAGAUCUUUCUGUAAAAAGAAUUGAAAAAGUGUUCUUUUGUUCUUUGAUUAAAUUCCCAAAACUUUGUUUUGUUCUUAAAAUUUCUUUUGACUUUCUUUUAAGUUACUUUGAUUCGAUUGUAAGAAUUAUGUAUCUAUAAUCUAUCUAUCUCUAUGUGGGCAUUCUUGAAAAUUUCAA